GUUUGUUUUUGGUGGUGUUUUUUUGCUUUUUGUUUUUCUUAAAAGAGCUCUGAAUCCUAACUGAUCCUGGGAGGAUAGAGAUCGUGGGUUCGACCAGCUGAAGGCGCCGCGCGACUCGGUGGUACAAGUUCGGAUGGAUCCGAGCGGGGCUCCGGCGCUCGCGGGAGCGUCCGCGCGGUGACUGGAGUCCUGGGUGGCGCGGGGCUCUCGGCGCCUUUUGUGUGUGGCUCUUUCGGGCCGCGGGGCAGCCGGGUGCUCGAGGCGUGGUGGGUUUUGCUUUUUGCUUUUGUUAUUGUUGUUGGCUUUUUUUUUUUCCUCACCCUGACUGGUUACCCCAGACUCUUCGCAGAUGUUAGUUCACAGUUUUUCAGCUAUGGACCGUCACGACGGCACCAGCAACGGGACGGCACGGUUGCCCCAGCUGGGCACUGUAGGUCAAUCUCCCUACACCAGCGCCCCGCCGCUGUCCCACACCCCUAAUGCCGACUUCCAGCCUCCCUACUUCCCCCCGCCCUACCAGCCUAUCUACCCUCAGUCGCAAGAUCCUUACUCCCACGUCAACGACCCCUACAGCCUGAAUCCCCUGCACGCCCAGCCACAGCCGCAGCACCCGGGCUGGCCCGGCCAGAGGCAGAGCCAGGAGUCUGGGCUCUUACAUACACACCGGGGGCUACCCCACCAACUGUCGGGCCUGGACCCUCGCAGGGACUAUCGGCGGCACGAGGACCUCUUGCACGGCCCGCACGGGCUCGGCUCUGGGCUCGGGGACCUCCCGAUCCACUCCUUACCUCACGCCAUCGAGGACGUCCCGCAUGUAGAAGACCCGGGUAUUAACAUCCCAGAUCAAACUGUAAUUAAGAAAGGCCCUGUGUCCCUGUCCAAGUCCAACAGCAACGCUGUCUCCGCCAUCCCUAUCAACAAGGACAACCUCUUCGGUGGCGUGGUGAACCCCAACGAAGUCUUCUGUUCAGUUCCGGGUCGCCUGUCCCUCCUCAGCUCCACCUCGAAGUACAAGGUCACGGUGGCGGAAGUACAGCGGCGCCUCUCACCGCCCGAGUGUCUCAACGCGUCGCUCCUGGGCGGAGUACUGCGGAGAGCGAAGUCUAAGAAUGGAGGAAGAUCUUUAAGAGAAAAACUGGACAAAAUAGGAUUGAAUCUGCCAGCAGGGAGGCGUAAAGCUGCCAACGUCACCCUCCUCACGUCACUAGUGGAAGGAGAAGCCGUCCACCUAGCCAGGGACUUUGGGUACGUGUGUGAAACUGAAUUUCCUGCCAAAGCAGUAGCAGAAUUUCUCAACCGACAACAUUCCGAUCCCAAUGAGCAAGUGACAAGAAAAAACAUGCUCCUGGCUACAAAACAGAUCUGCAAAGAGUUCACUGACCUGCUGGCUCAGGACCGAUCUCCCCUGGGGAACUCGCGGCCCAACCCUAUCCUGGAGCCUGGCAUCCAGAGUUGCUUGACCCACUUCAACCUCAUCUCCCAUGGCUUCGGCAGCCCGGCGGUGUGUGCAGCGGUCACCGCCCUGCAGAACUAUCUCACCGAGGCCCUCAAGGCCAUGGACAAAAUGUACCUCAGCAACAACCCCAACAGCCACACGGACAACAGCGCCAAAAGCAGUGACAAAGAAGAGAAACACAGAAAGUGAGGCUCUCCUCCCGCCCCGCUCCCGCCCGCCACACGGGCCGGCGUCCCCACUCGCCCCUCCCCCACCCGGCAGGUGACAGCUCCGGGACCAGCCACUCCUACUGCUGCUGCUGCUACUCUGCGCUGCCGCGCCGCCCUUCGUCCCGGAGUCCUCCGGAUUGCUCUCGGAUUGCUCUCUCGACUGCCAGUGGGGCAGCCGCUGCCUACUCGGCGCCUUGCCUCAAUUUCCCCAUCAGCACCAACACCCCUUUUUACCCUCGUGUGGAGCCUAAGAGAACAGAACAGGUCGUGAAGCCAGCAAAGAAAAGUUCUGUCGCGUUUGUGAACCUUUUUUUUUUUUUUUUUUAAAUCAAAUCAACAACAAACACUAAAACUUUUUUUUUUAAAGGACGUUAAAAAAUUUAAAAAGUAUAUGAGCUUCAUGGGACUAACUCAUCGCCUUCCCUUGCAUACUUCAGAUUGUAGCCAUACUUUAAAAAAAAAGGCAAAGAGGAUAAUGACAUUUUUUAUCAGUAUUGUGAAUAAACUUGAACACAAAUACAGAAGUUCUAUGUCCUGUCUUCAGUUGUAGAAGUUGUCUCUGCAAGGUACAACCACCCACUUGAACUUCCUCUGAUGACACAAUCCACAAUUCUAUAAGGGAAUCAGUGUUCACGUCUCUGUAUAUAUUUAUUUAUGUGUAAUUUAAUGGGAUUUGUAAAUAUGGUGAGUCUGUUUUAAACCUUUUUUUAUUUAUCUGGUGAUCUGUUUAGCGGGCUUUGGAUCGUCCCUAUUAGUUCUUCAUGUGGUUUUACUUAGAAAUCCAAGGUUUUGGGUAAUACCCCUGCCCCCUUUCUGGAAUUCAUGGAUUUAGCCCCGUGGUAGCAUGUUAAACGAUGAUAAUGAAACAGCCGAACAAAACAUUUUUAAGAUAAAAUAAACAAUUUAUAUAUAAUUAGUAUUACAUUUAGCUUUUCAUUGAACUAACAGGGAAAAAAUCAGUGAUAUUGGGACACUGGGAAAAAAUUCUUAAACUGGAGUGAUUUAAUAAAUCUUCUAUGGUAUCAUGGGGAGAAAAAUAAAGUUUAUUUGACUUCACUGUCCUCCCUUAAAAGUGUCCUCCAAGCAAUAAGUGAAUAUUGUCUUUAAACCAAGGGUUAGGGAGUUCCUGCUCUCUCUCCUCUCUCACUCUCUCUCUCUCUCUCUCUCUCUCUCUCUCUCUCUCUCUCUCUCUCUUUCUCUCUCUCCAACUUUAAGCAUUUGGGACCACCUGGUAUUUUGUGUCUUCACUGGCCACAUUGGAAACAGUUCUAGAUACACUGUUGAGUUGCUCUGGCAGUAGCCUCUAUGCCUGUCAAUGUAUCAUAGUCCUUUGUUGCCCAGAUAAAUAAAUAUUUGAUACGCUUUA